AUGGGUUUGCUCUCAAAGACUCUGUGCUCUUUAACGUUGAAGGCAGAAGUUGGAGAUAAAGUCACUAUUUGGUGCCAACAUGACCUGGAUGUUAAAAGUUAUUUGAUCUUCUGGUAUAAACAGUCAAAUGAUUCAGUUCCAUUUCUUAUUGGGUGUAAACAGCUGUCUCCACUACAAACAUGUUACUUCUUUACUGAGAGUGAGAGAUUAGUGAUGUCUGUCUAUGAGAAGAACACGUCUCUCAUCAUCACUGCAGUAAACAUCUCUGAUACAGGACUCUAUUACUGCAGCUACAGGAAACUAGACGUAAUGAUCUUUAGUAACUCGACCUCUUUACACGUGAAAGGGAGACAUGAAACAGUUCUGACGACCUCCGACCGAGAAAAAGUAAAGCAUAUUUCAGUCUUUUCUACUGGAAUCUUCAUGCUGACUCUGGUGUCUGUGAUCACGAUCCUUCUCACUGCCCUGAUCCUUAUACUGAAGCACAGAAAAGCUUUACUCACUGGUGCUGAAGGUAAAUCUAAGAAAAAUGGUAAAAAGUUCUCUAAGAAGGAACCCAAGAGGAGCCGUGAUGAACUGGAGUAUUCAUGCGUUGUUUAUUCUCCUGUCAGUCAGUAACACAGCAGUCUCAGUGUAACAGUGUAACAGUGUAACACACAGUGACUUUACUUUGCCCUUAUUUGGUUUAAUUAAUUAAUGAAAAAUUUAUAGUUUUUUAUUAAUAUAAGAGCUAACGAGUACAUUUAGUACUUUGUGGUUUUUCCAGUUUUAUAGAAACUCGCCUUAUAUCCGGUAUGUGUCUAGUUUGAUCAUGUGAUUUCAAAGCUAUUAAUUGAUUAAGUAAUAAAAAUAAAUUUCAUUGUUGACUUUGAUUAAAUAUCUGACUGUGUUUUGUGUAGUUCUGAUUUAAAAGCUUUGAAAGACAUAUUGCGGUUUGUGUGUGUGUGUGUGUGUG